AUUUGAUUUCACCUUUAUUUUAUCAGGGAAUCAUAAUGCCUCUGCCUAUGCAUGCCUCUCCCUGCACCUCUUCCCUCUGAGGCCCUCACUGUGACACUUCCAGCUUAGACCCAGGCAGCAGCAAUAACAAGCAAAUUAAACCAUUAUACAUUGGCAUGGUUCCAUCUCAUGCUUUGGCAUUUACGUCUGAUGCAUGGUAUAUGGCAAUACCUGUUUUUUAAUUCUGAUCAUUCUUCUUUAAAGCAUUAACAUAAUACAUGAGCUACAAACUGUUGCAGCAGGCUGAGGUACAGUGAGAGGAAGCAGGAUGUCCAAUAACAUGGCUAAGAUUACAGAUACCCGCAAGACAGUGGAACAGCUGAAACUGGAAGUUAACAUCGAAAGAAUGAUGGUGUCCAAAGCAGCAGCUGAUCUGAUGGCCUUCUGUGAGGCUCAUGCCAAGGAGGACCCUCUGGUGAUACCAGUGUCAUCCUCUGAGAACCCUUUUCGGGAGAAGAAAUUAUUCUGUGCCAUACUCUAAUCCCCACAAAUUCACGUUAUUAAAUACAAUAACUCUA